AUGGUUUUGCAGGUACAGUUAUUUGAAAUUUCAGAAGUGGAAAAUCAGUCACGUGUAAUGGAGUUCAUUUUGUUGGGAUUUGGAGAACAACAACUUCUUCAGACUCCUCUGUUCUUAUUGUUCCUUGUCAUUUAUGCUGUGACUAUGGCUGGAAACAUCCUCAUCAUUCUGCUGGUUCUCACAGAUCAUCACCUUCAUACACCCAUGUAUUUUUUCCUUGGGAACCUCUCAUGCUUAGAAAUUUGUUGCAGUUCAAAUAUCUUGCCAAGAAUGCUUUCCCAUUUUCUUACGGGGACUAUGACUAUUUCAAUCAGAGCAUGCUUUGUGCAAGAAUACAUAUUCGGUUCUUUAGGAGCUGUGGAAUGCUGCUUAUUAUCUGCAAUGUCCUAUGACAGGUACUUGGCUAUAUGUAAGCCAUUACAUUAUGUCACCAUGAUGAAUGGCAAGUUGUGUCUCCAAUUGAUUGCCUUCUCUUGGAUAAGUGGCACUUUUGCAAGCAGUUUGAUAAUUAUCAUAAUGUCCAAACUUGCUUUCUGUUUUAGCAAUAAAAUUGAUCAUUACUUCUGCGAUACCCUUCCAAUUAUAGAACUUUCCUGUAGUGAUACAUAUACAACAAAACUGCUUCUCUACAUUGUUAGCUCUAUAGUCACUUUUCCUCCUUUUACAUUGACUUUAUCAACAUACAUUUAUAUAAUUGCAACUAUAAUGAAAAUCCCUUCUUCCAGAGGGAAGCAGAAGGCAUUUUCAACCUGUUCUUCUCAUCUCUUGGUAGUCACUAUUUUUUAUGGCACAUUGAUGAGUAUUUAUGCAAUACCAAACACCAUAAAAGUGAGUGGUCUUCAUAAAGUGUUCUCUGUCAUCUACACCAUCCUAACCCCCAUGCUUAAUCCUAUCAUAUAUAGUCUGAGAAAUAAAGAAGUGAAGGUUGCUUUGAAAAGAUUCAGGUCAUUGAUUUUUGUUCAAAUUCAUAAGAAAAGUCAGAUUUAA